GGCGCGGGGCUGCGCGGCGGCGGGCACGAGCACGAGCCCCGGUGCGGCGGCCGCGGGGUGCUCGGUGCUCGGUGCGCGCCCGGCCCCCGGCGCUGAGGGUCCCCCUGCCUCCCUCCCUCCCUUCCCCCCCUUUCCUUUUAUUUUCCCAAAGUGUGACUGAAACACAACAAAGCCCCGGGGCCGCCGGCUCCACCAUCGGCCGCUUUUCCUCUUUUUUUUAAAUUUUUAUUUUAUUUUAUUUUUUUUUUAUGCUCGAAACCAGCCCCCCCCCCCCCCCCCCCCCAGCAGAGCGCACAAACACACACACGGGCAGAGAGCGGGGGCCGUGCUCAGCAGCAGCAUGGAUGUCCUGGCUAGUUACAGCAUAUUCCAGGAGCUGCAGCUUGUCCACGACACCGGCUACUUCUCAGCGUUGCCAUCCCUGGAGGAGAACUGGCAGCAGGUGAAUCCUUUGCAUUGCUCGGGGGCCGCCGGGGCGCCCGGUGCCUCGCGGCCGCGUCUCCGCCGUCGUCUCAGUUCUUGUUCCUCGGUUCAGGGUUGGUCGACAUGCCUCGAGUUGGAGCGAUACCUUCAGACUGAACCACGGAAGAUCUCCGAGAGCUUUGGUGAGGACUUAGACUGCUUCCUUCAUGCCUCCUCAGCUCCAGAUGCGGAGGACACUAUCCGACGGCUGGACCCCAUCCUUUUACCGGUGGAGACGAGUACGUGUGACAAAAGCUCCAACAUGGACAUUAUCCUUUCACGGGACAAGCUGCUGUCUGAGACGUGCCUCAGCUUGCAGUCCACCAGCUCUUCCACAGAAGGCUACACAGCCGUCAACCAGGCCCAACUCAAUGCAGUAACCUCGUUAACACCCCCUUCCUCUCCGGAGCUCAGCCGCCACCUUGUAAAAACCUCACAAACUCUCUCAGCAGUGGACGGCACGGUGACAUUGAAACUGGUGGCCAAGAAAGCUUCACUCAGCUCCAUGAAAGUGGGUGUAGCGGCAGCAACCACGGGGACAAUAAAAAGUGGGCAAAGUGACAGUGAACAAGGAGGGCCAGGGGCGGAAGCGUCCCCAGAAAACAAGAAGAGGGUUCAUCGCUGUCAAUUUAAUGGGUGCCGGAAGGUUUACACAAAGAGCUCCCACUUAAAGGCUCACCAGAGGACUCAUACAGGUGAGAAGCCUUACAAGUGCUCGUGGGAAGGGUGCGAGUGGCGUUUUGCACGGAGCGACGAGCUCACGAGGCAUUACAGAAAGCACACGGGUGCAAAGCCCUUUAAAUGCAACCAUUGUGACAGGUGUUUUUCCAGGUCUGACCACCUUGCCCUCCACAUGAAGAGACACAUCUAAAUAUCCAUCAGCUUGUUAUGGAUGUCAUCUGAGCUAAGUGUUGUGAGAUGAAAGUGGAACUCGAGUAAUAACAUGCUGCCUUGCAGGAGAAGAGAACUUGAUCACGUGUAAUCCUCUGUACAGAGACCACACGCUUGCACGGUCAUGCACCCAGUUAUACUUCAAUACUUACAUCAGUUCUUUAUGCCUUGCCCCAGCUGGAUGGGAGAAGAUGCAGGCGAGAAAAUGGUAUAGAGGUGAAGUCAAUGAGAAGAACAAUUGCGUACAGUACUUUGUCUCUCUUGGAUUUAUUUCCUGGUUUUGCCAAUGGAAAUCAAAGAAAA